AUGGUUUCCGUGAGACCGCGACCAUUUCUAAGGGGUUUCAAGAGUAGAAUUUCGGAAGAGCAUAGUACAGCGGACCUUUUCAACUAUACCACGGGGCGAUGGCUUUGGAGAGAGAAGGAGCAGCUACUUGAACGAUACCGGAGAUUCAAUGUACGAGAGCUACAGGCCAUAACUGCACAUACACUGGGCUCUCAAGCAUGUGUUUCAAUGUCCAAGAUUGGAGAAGGUAAUUUCAACAAAGUCUUCCGACUCGUGAUGGAUGACGGAGCGGUAGCAAUAGCUCGAAUCCCCCAUCCAAAUGCUGGUCCGCCUCGGUAUACGACUAUGUCGGAGGUUGCUACUAUGGAAUUUGUCAGUCUUUCCCGCACCGUGAAUAUCCGGCAAAAAUCUGCAAGAGUUGACCGUAGUGCAGAGUAUAUCGUUAUGGAAGAGGCUAAAGGGACCCCGCUCUCUCAAAUGUGGGAUGAAAUGAAACUAGAUGAUAGGAGUGAAAUAAUCGAUGAUAUUGUUUCAAUAGAGCAGAAACUUCUCUCCGUGACCUUUGGCUUUGGUGAUGUCGCACAAGGGAUUGAGGAUGAGGUUAGAAAGCAAUUCGUCAUCGGCCCUACGACUCGCCGGGAGUUUUGGGAAAAGGAGCGAGCACUGAUGGAUCUGGACCGAGGACCUUGGAAAUCUGCUAGUGGAUAUGUGGAGUCCAUAGCCCAUCGCGAGACUGCUUGGAUUUCCCAGUAUGCACGGAGGGAUUCCAUCAUAUCUGGCUACCCCAGGGGCAAAGGAAGUCAAAAAUCACCCCAGGACCACCUCGGCUUAUUGGAGAAAUACCUAUCUGUUGUUUCGAGGCUCCUUCCCGAUGAUACCGAGCUUGUUCGCCCAGCACUCUGGCAUCCUGACAUCCACGAUGGCAAUAUAUUUGUCCAGGAUGGGAGGAUAUCCAGCAUUAUUGACUGGCAGUCUGUCUGGAUUGCGCCUUUGCUUCUCCAGGCCAGAACCCCUCGAUUGAUCGAUUACCAUGGAGAGAUCCAAUUGAGACUUCCCGAAGACUUUAAAACGCUGCCCGAAGAAGAGAGGGAUCGUGUCAGAGACCAGGUCCAACGGUCUAUCCAGGUAUACCUUUAUGAGGACCGGACGGCAAGAGUCAACCCUCUUCUUGACAGGGCAAUUAGGAAACCCCAUGGGAAAACAUUGGCUCAGCUCGUGAGCUUUGCUGGAAACUCAUGGGAUGACCACAUCGUACCCCUGAGGGACACUCUGAUUGACGUUGAAAGCGAAGAGUCAAAAGGCUACAGCGCGGCACAGGCUUUCUGGGAGAUGCUGCAGAGCCGAGUCCAGUCAGACGGCUGGACCACCGUGGAAGACUUUGACGAUGCCGUGGAAUACUUCUCCCAGCUGCGAGAAGCGGGACUGGCCAGCUUGGAGGGCGAGGAGAGGGACGAGUUUGAAGCCUCGACUCGGUUUGUAGAGGCCCGCCGGGCAGAGCGAGGAUCCAGCGUGUGUGAUAUUAGCCAGAAACAGGGCUCGCAACUCAUCUAG